AUGAGUGAGGUAGAGCAAGGGCCUGUUUUUGAGUGUGAUCAAGAAAUCUGAAAAGAAGAAGGCAAAGAGAAGAGGGUAUUUAGAUUUAGAGAUAUAUUAGCUGAUAGCUCUGUAAGAAAAAGAAGACAAGUCUUCAGUAAAUUAAGAGGAAGCUUAGAAGCUAUCAGAAGAGCGAAUAAUAAAGACCGAUCUCUAUUUCAGGUAAAAAAGCAUCAGUUUGAUCAGAUUAAGAGAACAAGGAAUUUACAACACAUCAUGCUGAGACCGAUUCCUCAAUCAAAGAUCAGUUUCAAAAAUAAGAAGAGAUUUUACUGAAAGAUUAUCAAUGGGUUGGUAGUGUUCCUAAGAAGCAAGGAUAUAAUCAUGAUGCUUCCCACCAGAUGGACACGUACUUCCAUACGUAUAACAAUACAAGCAAGAAUCGGUACCAAAAUAGACUCAGAACCGUCACAAAGAGAUCUUUUAACGCUAUGAAGCACAAGAUGAGGGUCAGAAAUUUGACCAAAUCCUCUCUAAAACACGACUUCAUAAGCCACCAUCAACAUAUGUG